AUGUCUCGCUCUUACGGCGGCCGGGUGCUGGCCGCAAUGACCCUGUUGGGCAUCGCGGCGGCCGUGCUGACGGCGCUGGGCGCGCAGCUGCUGUUCCAGCUGCAGGAGGGCCGCGCCGAGCUGCGGGGGCUGCGCGCGGACGGGCUGGGCCAAGAGCUGGGCGCCGGCCCCGGGCUGCCCGAAGACGCGGCCGGGGCGCUACUGCCGCUGGCCGCCGCGCUGGCCGCGCUGGUGCUGGUGCUGGGGUUCACCUGCCUGCUGCUCGCUGCGCUCUGUGGCCACCUGGGCGCCGAGCUGGCGCGGGGGCCUGGCCCCAGGAGGUCCGACUGGUUUCUCUAUGACUGCCGCCUCCUCAGACACGUGGCCCUUGGCCUUUUCUGCUGUGGGAUCUCUGUCUACUUAGCAGGUGUGUGCUGA